UUUUUUUUUUGUCAAAAUGUCGUCAGAUAAAUCAUUACGAGAUGAAAAUAUUAAAACAGAUGAAUUUAAUUAUGAUAAGAAUCUAACUUAUGAAAUAGAAAGAAUACAUCGUAAUUCAGCUGAUUCGGACCGAACAUUAAUUAUUCCUUAUGUUUCUUAUUCCGACCUCCGAGACGCUUUUGAGAGUAGUAUCUACGACAAACCUGAAAUACGUACUUGUGACUGCGCCGCAAAACUUGCGAAAAAAAAGUUAGAAAAUCAAAGUCAAGUAACCCAAAGUGAACCAAAUCAGUCACAACAGCAGGAACCACAAGUCUAUAUAAUAUUACUUUUUAUAUCAAUUAUUUCUUAUGCCAUAGGAUAUUUUGGGUUCACUUUUGUUUGGCUCUUGAUAGUUUUAUAUCAAUCUGUAAUAUGGUAUAUGAAUAUGGCUAAAGAUAAUAAAGAGCGAGUACGUUGGGAGGUUGAGAGAGAGAUGUCAAUCGAUAAGUUGUUAAGAGAUGAUGGGGAAACUGUCGAAUGGCUGAAUUUUUUGCUCCAACAAAUAUGGAGAACAUUUGACCCAUCACUUUUGAUUGGACUUCGAGAUAUGCUUGAAGAUGCAUUGGCUCGUAGUGCACCUUCUUUUGUCUGUGCGACUGAUAUAGAGGCUUUUGAAAUUGGCCUUAUUGCCCCACGUAUUGAAAAUAUUAAAAUUCUGCCACGACGAGAAAACCAGGAUGAUGAAGAUGUAGUAGUUGGGGAAGCUACAUUUUCUUUUCGCGCUCGUUCAUCUACCAUGACUCGUAACGAUGCUCCACCGCAUGUUUUAGCAUGGAUUAAAACGGGAAUUUCUGCAAUGGUUCCUUUAAAAGUCGAAUUAAUAGGAUUUAAAGCUUCAAUUCAUUUUGAAAUCAAAAUUACCGGAUCUUCACCAUUUAUUUCCACAGGAAAAUUUAGUUUUCUUACCCCUCCAUUAUUUGAUAUAAGCAUUAUGCCAUUAGUACCUAUGAAUAUCGCACAGUUUCCUAUUAUAAAAGACUUCAUACACACUGCAGUUAAAUAUGUAAUGGAACAAUUCACAGCUCCUAAUUUUAUUGAAUUGGAUUUGGGACAAUUGCUUACAGGGGAUGAUCUUCUACAUGAUACACAAACAAUUGGAAUAAUGAGAGUCGACAUAAUCGAGGCAAGAAAUCUGACCCAUGUUGAUGUAUCUGGUGAUAAUGAUCCGUAUGUAAUAUCAUCAUUGGAACCUUCACCUUAUAUGAAUACACAUUCUACUACACGUGUAAUUGAGGAUUGCGCAAAGCCGGUGUGGAAAGAAACUUUUUUCCAUAAAAUACCGGAACUCGAUAUUGUAGAUCAACAUAUUAAAUUUAAACUUAGUGUUAUGGACUGGGAUAGGUUCACAGCUGAUGAUCAUAUUGGAUCAGUAUGGAUUGAUAUUAAAGAUGCGAUCGGCAAUGGAGAUGAGGAGACAUUAAUUCAUGACGGUUGGGAAGAGAUUAAACUUAAGCCAAAUGACAAAAAUACACGUGGCGAACUUCGUUACCGUCUUGAAUAUUAUCCAAAACUACCAAUUCAAGAUGAACCGAAACUUGAACAGACAUCUGGAAUCUUUGGGUUGAAAAUACACCAAGCAAUGAAUUUACAGAUAACAACUGCGCCUUAUAUUGAAGAAUCGUCAAUUGUAAUGUCAGAUAAUCAUUAUAAUCCGUCUUAUCCUAAUCCAUACGCUGUUGUUUACCUUAAUGACAGUAGAGUAUUCCGCACGAGAGCAAAAUUAAACAAUAUUGCUCCAUUCUGGAAUGCAUCAACAGAACAAUUCGUGAGGGAUUGGAGGACUGCCGUAGUAAGAGUAGUGGUUAAAGAUCACAAAGAUCUUGAGUAUGAUCCAGUAAUUGGAAUGGUCACAUUACCUCUGAAAGAAUUAUUUGGACAAAAAGAAAAGAAAGAAUCAAAUAAAUGGUAUCCAUUGCGUUAUGGAGUUGGUUGUGGAAAAGUUCGAUUAAGUUUCCUCUUCAGAACAAUUAGCAUGAUAUUACCACCUGAAGAGAAAGGAUAUGAUGUUGGAACGCUGUUUGUUCAUUCUAUUAUUGCUAAAGAAUUAAAUAAUGACCAUGCAAAUCGAAGUGUGUACUUAACGUUAACUAUAAGAAAUACGGAAAUUGAACAAGAAACUAACGUGUCAAAUUUACAUCCACCAAGUUGGUUUGAACAACGAUCAAAAAAUGAUACAAAAAAUCGUAUGGAAUUUGCAGUAUUUCGUCGAUAUAGAACUUCUCUAAUAAUUACAGUGAAACGUAAAGGGUUAUUUGGGAUUUAUCAAACUGUUGGCAUGGCAGAAUAUUGGUUAACAAAUAUUAAAGAUAGUUGUGAGACUGAAGUGGAAAUUCCUAUAUUUGAAAUUUUACCGAAAUGUUUCCCUCCUUCAGAUACAGAUGAUGCAGACGCUUCUCAAGAAUCGAAUAAUUUUGAUAAUAUGAAUAUGGUUAGAUGUGAAUCACCUGAACCUUGUGAUUCUUCUCAACGAGAGGAUGGUUCUCAAAUGAUUGGUGAAUCUAGCUUGAUUACUAAAGAGAAGGCGUCAGAAAAAGUAAUCGAAAAUGAUCAUUCAACUGUCGGUUCAACAGAUAUAACCCAGCCUGAGGAAGUUGGAGAGUCGUCACAAAGUGAUGAAAAAAUUGGACAAAAGGAUGCUAAUAAUACAGAAUCUGUUUCAGAAGAUAAUAAAAAUGAAGAUCUUAUUAAUAAGUCCUCUAAUAAAUUGCCAUUAGAAUCGACAGAGGUUUCUUCAGAAAAAUCAGUUCUUAAUACUUCAACAGAAAAAAUUCCUGCUUCUAAUUCUUUGACAGAAAAAUCAACAACUAGCAUCCCGGCAUCUUCAGAAGGAGUUACUAAUGUUCCACAAGAAUCAUCUACUGCAAGAGAAAAUAUUACUUCCGAUGUACCAAAAGACAAUUCAACGGCAAAUUCGAAUUCUAAUGAAAUUAAAGGAUUUUUAAAUUUUAAAGUAUAUUUCAGACCAGGAUUAUCAUUAUCACAUGAAAAAGAUGUAAUGCGUAGUUUAACAGGAGCUGAUGCAAGUAUUUUAUGCCAAAAUCCUUUGGAAGAUACCGAAGAACAGCGAAAAGUAUCGCGUGAAUAUGUUAGACGAGAUUCUGAUGUAUAUAGAAAUAGAUCCUUAUAUGGUGAAAGUUAUGAACCUGAAAAGAGGAUUAAUACGAUACAUAAUCGUAGAACGAUGAGACAAAUACAAUGGGUAAAAGAUUUAUUAAAGGCCAAAGUUAUUUCCAUGAGCGGAAAACGUGAUUGGGAAGAUCAAGAAAUUAUCGAACAUGAAGCGUAAAAAAAAACAUUUUUAUUUAAUAUAUCUCUUAAAUUGUGUAAAUAAUAAUUGAACAAUCAAAUAAUAUAUAUAUAUAUAUAUAUAUGAAAAGAAUUAUAUUUAUAGUAU